CGGCCGGAGCCGGGCAGGGGGAGGAGGAGGUGGCUGCCGAGGCUGGGAGCUGAGCAAAGCCCGCGCAGACGAGACGGGACGGGCCGGGCCGGGACGGGGUCGGGGCUGGAGAAGGAAGCGAGGGGCCGAGCCAGGUACCCGGGCUGGGGAAAGCAACGGGAAACAUCUGGAGCUCAGAGCAAGGUCCCGGCGUCUAAAUCUUGUGGGUCUCUCCAUCUUUCUGCUCUUUUCUGGCACUCUCUCUCAGUCUCUCUGCGUCUGUGUGAGUCUCUCUGUGUGUGUCUGUGUCUCUGUGUGUCUCUCCUUGUCUCCUUUAAAAAGUUGCUUUCUCUCCUGCAUUGUGUGUUUCUCACAAUUUGCCUCAGCACCUCUGGGACCUUCCUGUAUUUCUUUCUUGGGCCCGUUCUCUCCCUAUGUCACCCUCAUCUCUCCUUUCCAACUUUCUGUCUCUAUUCCACCCCAUUUCUAAAUCCCUUCCAUAAGUGAACAUUGCUCCAAAAGCCAGUCUCUCUGUCGGGGGCAGAGAGAUUGGUGGAUGAGGGACUAAGAGGCAAUGAUGAGGCCAGAGGCCUCCCUGUGGCCUGAGCUGGGCUGGGGCCGGAUUUGGGGAGGGAGUGAGAUCCAGCUGUUUGCUAUUAGCUGAGGCUGGCUAGGAGGCCCUGAAACCCCAUCCUGUCUCAUAGCCCCCUGAUUGUCCCCACUCGGGCCCUGAUCUGUCCCCUGCCCAAUCCCCUCAGCUACCCAUGAGGCCGAGCCUUUCUCUUCUUUCUACCCUAUUCCUGGUCCCUAGUCAGGUUGGGUCCCCCAGGACCCUAGGAGCUGGGGGGUGAAAAAAGAACAGGACCAGGUUCUCCCCCCGACACACAGACUGAAGCUCUCUCCCCGGCAGCCUGAUCCCCAGGAAGAACCACCUUGAGACCCGGGGAAGGGUUGUCAUCCAAGGGAGGUGUAUGGGAAAGAAGAAACUGUCUUGUGACUUUGAGAACCAAACUCUGGUAUUCUAAUCUCAACCUUGCAAUCUUGUCCUUUCCCCCUUAUCUCUUCACUCAUUUAGCAGAAGACCAACAGGGUUAGGGCUCAGGAGACUUCCUCUGAAAAGUUUAGAUGGCAUCCUGCCAGAAAGUAGGGGGUAGAAUGAAUCCCAGUGCCCAUCUCUAGUCCAGGGGAGAUGGGGCAAGAUUCAGGCAAGAGAGAGGGCAUAUGGCCUAAAGAGGGGGGUGUCAAGGCUCAGAGGAUAUAUUUAUGCCCUGGAAUGGUAAGGCAAACCAGCAAAGUCAAUUCCUGAGCCUGGGAGAGGGUUUGGAGGCCAGGGAAGGUGAGAUCCAGACCUGAGGGAAAGCUAUCCAACAGGAAUGGAGUAUCUGUGCCUGGCUAACAGGGCGGCUAGUCAGGAAUGACAUGUUUGGCUGGGGUAGGAAAAGAGGGAUUCUGCUGAACAAGUAGUGUUUUGGUCUGGAAGGGAAUGUGGGAGUCAGGGAAGGGGUAUCCAGCUGGGGAAAGAAUAUCUUGGUACUCAGAACUGGUGUCCAGUUCAGGUGGUGUGGUCAAGUAACAAUUUGCUAGGGAGGGAGGGGCUCUGAUGGGGGAAGGGGCAUCCAGUAGGAAGAAGUGUCUGGCCAGAGAGGGAGUGUCCGGUGUUAGGGAGGGGGAGCCACAGUUAAGGAGAAUGUGGGGGCCAGGCAGGGGACAUUGGACUGGAAAAAGAGAGCCUAAGGAGGGGGUGUCCAGCAGUUCUGGGGCGCGGUGUCCGGCCGGCUCAGACUGAAUGACCCCAUUGAGGGAGGGGGCGGGCGGGACCAGGAACUGGACAAUUGGUGCUUUCAGGCCUCUGUAGGAGAUUUCCUCCCCCUGAGCCCCUGAGCCCCUGCCCCUCCGCCCCUCCUUUCCUUAAUUCUCUGUUUGUCUCUCUCUCCCAGUGUCUCUCACUCCCAGUGUCUCUCUUCUACCCUUGACAUUCUCUGUCUCAGUGUUGGUAUGACUGAGGGCUGUAAAGAAUUCAGACUCCCCUCCCCUUCCCUCCCCAUCUGCCCCAGCUUAAUCCCAUUCCAUAUCCAUUGGGAGGGGGGCGCGGGAAAUCAUGGUCCUAUAGAUCAGAAGACUGACCUUGCUUUCGGGCCCCCUCCCUUUGGCUCCUACAAGCCCCUUCCCCCUCCAACAUCUGGUUUCUGUUCCCAUCACACCAUACAUCUGGGGGGUCUGAGUCACUGGCCAUUAGGUGGGGGAAGGGAAAGCUAAAGAGGCCUCUGGUCUGCUUGCUGGGACCCUGGGGUUCCUCUCUGCCCUUGUCCCAUAGCCCAGGGUCUCUCCAGCCCUUCAUUUCCCGUGUGGGAAUCAAGAAGAUGGCAGGAGGAAGGUAAGAAGGCUGGGGAGGCAGACCAGGGAGUCUUCUCUAGCCCCCAGAUGGUGGGAAAUUGGGUAGAAGCUGCAACAAUCUGUUUCCCCCACAUUCCAGGGACAAGAAGGAGUGGAGGAUGUAGACAGAAAGUCAGAGAGAGAAGGAAACGGACAAAGACCUGGAGAGGCCAAGAGACUCGAGAGGGAGAGAGAGAGUGGCCAAGGAGAGAGGAGGUGGCCCCGGCCCCCCAUCCCCGUCUGCCUUUCCCUUCUGUGCCAGCAGGUUCUUGGUGCCAAAAUCUGAGUCCACGUUUACCCGGUGACCCCCGAAGGAGAGAAGAUGGCCCAAAUCCUGCACAUGGAGUCUGCCUUUCCAGGGAAACAUGGACCCACCUCCCCCACAGCUUUCCCAGGGAAGGAUCCAGAGCCCCCCUACUCGGUAGAGACUCCCUAUGGCUACCGGCUAGACCUGGACUUUCUCAAAUACGUGGAUGACAUUGAGAAGGGCCACACCAUGAAGCGGGUGGCUGUGCAUCGGCGCCCACGCCUCGGCUCCCUGCCCCGAGGAACGGGCUCCUGGUGGACCUCGACAGAGUCCCUGUGUUCGAAUGCCAGUGUGGAGAGUCGCCAGUCUGCCUACUCCUACUGUGGCAGAGGCUUCUACCCGCAGUAUGGGGCCCUUGAGACUCGAGGGGGUUUCAACCCUCGGGUGGAGAGGACCCUGCUGGAUGCCCGCCGAAAGCUGGAGGAUCAGGCAGGGGCUGAGUGCAGGCGGCCACAGCCAGGUGGGCUGGGCAGCCUGACGCCCAGUGCGGCAGGCUCCACCAGCUCGCUGGCUGGGGCUGGACUCCCCCCACGCCUCUUGUCCAGCCACAACGGUGGCACGCCACUGAGCUCCUCGGGGCUGUCCACACCUGUGUCGCCCACGCCGGGCCACCUGCAGCAUGUGCGCGAGCAGAUGGCUGCUGCCCUGAGGAAGCUGCGUCACCUGGAGGAGCAGGUAAAACUCAUCCCCAUCCUUCAAGUCAAGGUGUCCGUGCUGCAGGAGGAGAAGCGGCAGCUCAGCGUCCAGCUGAAAAGCCAGAAGUUCCUGGGUCACCCUGGGGCCCGUGGUGGGGCUGGAGGCCGGGCCCGAGGGGAGCUCUUCCUGGACCUGCCCGACCCUGCUGAGCCCUUCCCAGAUUUGGACAUAGAUGGAGAGAAGAAGGAGAGCCGCUCUGUGGGUGUGGGGCCAGAGGAUGCCAGCACCCAGAGAAGCGUAGGCACUUGGGUGCGCGAGAGGGACCUAGGGGCGCCCGAGGGCCAGGCUGCCCUGACUGCUAAGAUUGCUGUGCUGGAGACCCAACUGAAGAAGGCCUUGCAGGAGCUGCAGGCGGCCCAGGGGCACCAGUCAGUUCCAGCAUCAACACCAGCCCCUGCUCCCACCCCUGCCUCGUGGAGCCCCUCGGGGGUCAUCCAGAAAGGUCCUGAGCUUCCAGAGGCAGUGGGAGCACCAUCCAGCCACUAUGCCCCUAGUGACUCCCGGAUCUGGCCACCACCAGAUGGGCCCAUCAGGGUAGACACGGUGAAGGUGGUCCAAGUGCAAGGGGAGCCCAAGAUUGCCGCCAGCACAGCCACGGGGACCCCAGCCCAAAGGGCCCAAAGCCUGGAACCGUCCAGCCCCGGAGGUCUUCGAGCCCUGGUGACACGGAGUCCUGAGGGGAGUAGCUGGAACCAGCCGUCCACAGCUGUGCACUGCACCCGGGAGGUGGUGGAGACCACCUUCCCAGGCCCAGUCAUCCCUGCCAUCCCUGCCAACCCUGCCAACCAACCACCUAGCACCUUCCACGUGGUGAAGAAAAUCAGUAUUACCACCGAGCCCUACCGGGAUGGGGAGAAAAACAAGGAGACUGCUCCUAGCCUGGGUCCUGGCUGCAAUGGGCUGGCAGCUCCCUUUAGGAGCCUCGCUAAGCCUUCAGAGGUACCCCCAGGGCCAGCAGCUCCUCAGUCCCUGGGAGAGCCAAGAACAACAUCCACCAGCAACAGCUUCUCCAGAGAACAGAGUGGGAAUGUGACACUGCGUGGGAAGGAGGAGGCUGAGGACGAUUCAGCAGCCCUGCUGCAAGCAGGAAUCAAAUCCAUCAUGAAGAGGAAGGAGGCCAGCACAGAACCUGCAUCCAACAGGAAAAACCUUCAGUUCAUAGGUGUCAAUGGCGGGUACGAAUCUACAUCAUCUGAGGAUUCCAGCACAGCCGAGAACUUCUCAGACAAUGAGAGUACAGAGAGUGAAUACCACGAGGCCAGCGAGGGGCUCCCCAGGGCCGGCGAUGGAGGCCGGCCCAGAGGCUUGGGCUCCGUAGCCGAACCCACUUGGGGAGGCAAGGCUGGGACAGUACAGAGGAAAGAGCCCGUGGCUGAGGCAGCGCCCAGCCCCAAGGCAGAGGAUGAAAUUAGAUUGGAGCUUAGUGCAGACCUCAUCUCUGCCUGUCUGACCCUGCAGAAAUACCUGGAGAGUCCAGAUGCCCUCACUGAGAAAGAGAUGAAAACAGCGUACAGCACCGUGCUUCAGGACUGGCUGAGGCUCUCCUGUCACAAGGAUGCACACCCGGAGGUGGUCCGCAGGCACAUGGUCACCUUCAGGGCCAUGUCGCCCCAGCUGCUCCAGUUCAUUGUCAACAUGGCUGAUGGGAAUGGCAACACUGCCCUGCAUUACACUGUGUCCUACUCCAACUUCCCUGUGGUUAAGCAGCUGCUGGACACUGGCCUCUGCAAUGUGGACAAACAGAACCGAGCUGGCUACACGGCUAUCAUGCUGACCGCAUUAGCAGCCUUCCGGGCAGAGGGAGACAUGGACACCAUCCUGCAGCUGCUCAGACUGGGGAAUGUCAACUUCAAAGCCAGCCAGGCAGGGCAGACGGCUCUUAUGCUGGCUGUCAGCCAUGGUCGGACCGACAUGGUCAAAGCCCUGCUGGCCUGUGCCGCUGACGUCAACCUUCAAGAUGAUGAUGGCUCUACUGCCCUAAUGUGUGCCUGUGAGCACGGCCACGUGGAAAUCGCUCGUCUGCUCCUGGCUGUGCCCGGCUGUAACAUAGCACUCACCGAUCAUGAUGGUAGUACGGCUCUCUCCAUUGCCCUUGAAGCUGGGCAAAAUGACAUCGCUGAAAUGCUAUACACACACAUGAACUUGGCCAAGUCCUCGGGUUCUCCAAAGCAAAGGACCAUCAAGAGUGCAGCUAUUUCCUCCAGCAACGCUCAGUAGAAGUGAUAGGACCUGCUGGCCAAGGAGGACACAGAGCAUCUGCAGUACCUAUCCAUCAAAGGGGAGGAAGGGGUGAUGCAGAGGAAAUGCUUGGGAACACUUGUCUACCCUCAGGGUGGAGAAGAGCUAGCACUGUGACAGAACCCUCUUCCACACCUUCCCAUCUUGUCCCACGUCCCUGACUGCUUGGCCACACCUUGGCCUGACUCCAUGAUGCCCGUGUCCAAAGGGCAAUUGGACUCUUUGGGGACCUGCUUCAGCCACCAAGGGAGAGCAUAGAGUAUGGUGUCAGGUGGAAUGGUUUGCAAUUUCUUAAUGCUUUUUUUUUCCUUUUUUCCCAAAACUUGCAAACCCAAGCCAAAACAAAGAUGUCUGUGGAUGAAAACUGAGUUCUGCUCCCACUGUGCAUGAAUUAAAUAAAAGGGACCUAGGCCUGGGCAUAGGGCAUUACUCCCCGCCCCCAGCAACCAUCCCCAUGGGCACA